AUGUCUAAUAAUGCAAGUUCUUCUAAAAAUAAAGACUCUGAUAUUGCCUCAGAUAGUUCAAAUGAUGGUGAUUUGGAAACACAAAAAAUUAUUUUAUAUGAUAAAAUUGCAGAAAUAAGAAAUUCUAUUGAAAACAAAAAAAAUAUUAAUUUGGAUGAAACAUUAAAAAUUUUAAAACAAGUUAGUGAUUUAAUGAUAACAGAUUAUAAUAGAGCUUAUAAAACGCAAAAUGAAAUGAUUAAUGCUUUAAAAUUAAUUAAUCUAAAUUUAAUAUGUAAAGUACAAUAUUAUAAAGCAUGUCUUUGUAAAGAAUUGUUACAAUUGAUUAGAGAAUGGUUUAAUGAAUUAUUAGAUCUUUUA